AUGGUGUGCCGCACGCACAAAACUUACGAAAAGAGAUCGAAUAAGGCGAUGCGGCGGUGCCUUGAAUACCGGUGGCAGUUAAGCGAGGCAAAUAUUAAGGUCGUGCAUGCACACAGCGUGCACGUAAAGCGCCGCCCGUUGUGUGCAUACACGACCAGGACUGAGGCCGGAAGUGGUCUGCCCGCGGAUUGCGAAAGCGCUUGUGUCUUGGGGGAUUUCAACUUCUUCGCGCAACAGUUGCUUGGAUUUCUUGCGCGGGUUAUCGCCGUCCUCGUCGUUCAGGUAGCGACGCUUGCCGACAAGGCGGUUUACGAAAAGAAGAAGGCGGAGCGAGGCUUUCUGCCUGCCACGUCGCGCACUGGUCAACACAUAAAGGGACGGCCGCAUUAA